AUGGACACAGUUUCUGCAGUUACGGCAUCCAGGGAGAUGCCUGUUUUAGUCCUGGAGCAACUCUCCAAACAGGACCCCUUGCUCUCCUUGGAGAAGGACCAGGUGGAGCUACUGUCCCGCUUUGAGGCCCUGUUCCAGAAAGACUACAACAGGCCUUACCCAGGCCAGGCCCAGAACAUUGCACUAGGCCUAGGCCCUGAGCAGCUGGAGAAUCUGACCAAAGUGGAACAGGUGAACCUAGCCUUCACCACAGCCUUCUGGAAGAUGGACCGGGUCCUGGAGCUUGGCAAGAACGAGACCUCCAAUAUCCGCUGGAGUGGCUGCACAGCGCUGCUCUGCCUGAUCGACAGUGGAGCAGGGAACAGGACAGAAGAGUAACACACCAACCCCCUCACAGGAGUUACAGGGUGGAAGAAUUAUCAUUGCUAACUGUGGUCAGUAUUUUACUAGCAUACUGAUAAUACACUGCAAAUAUGAUACAGAACAAGUCUUAUUCACUGAAUACUAUACAUUUCCAAUUAGCAUAUCUCUUGUUGAUUUCCAUUUCACAGGUAACGUGCAUGCGGUGCUGUACAAACAAGGCAGGGGCUUCCGUCUGACCAAAGACCACAGCACGUCCAACCCUAAGGAGCGCAAACGCAUCCUCCAGUCCGGAGGGGCAAUCAGCGUCAACAAACAGCACGGUCUGGUGGAGGGGCUGACCAAGGCCACCCGAGGGCUUGGUCAUUAUGGUGAUCGCAAGCUGAAGAAGUCGGUCAUCCCUGUGCCUUACUCUGUGUGUCUGCCCACGGACCCAUCCUUCCAGCUGCUGGUCCUAGCAUCCAGUGGCCUCUGGGAAGUCUUGGAUGAGCAUGCAGUGGCUGAGAGAGCUCUGACGGUCAUUGAGUUGACUCAACAGAAAUUAAUAUUGACGACCCAGCACUUAAUGAAAACUGUUGAGGAUUCGUCCGUUUCAGAUUCUCAAAGUUGCAUACUGGCAAGACCAGGGUCAUCUAUUUUUAAUACUGAAGAACCUUCUAGUGUUAAGGAUGAGGACAACCCACCAGAGUUGGACAUGCUAGAGACUCCGGGGGGGUACAAGCUAGUGAUAUGCAGAAUGCAGAGGAAACAGAGAGAUAUCAAUCCUCAGUCCUGCAGCAGGAGAGUGAGGUCAAUGUGA